AACGACCUAUGGACCUGUGCAUCUCACCUCGCCAUGGCGUUCUCGUUUCCAACUAAAGCCCGCAUGCUUAACCAUGUCAAAGAUUACAAUGAGUGCAACUUUGACGAUGAGGACAACUACUUCCUAACAUACGUUCCACUCUCCUGCUUCCCUACACCUCCAACCUCAUGCCACACCUCUAGCCCUAAGGAACCAGCUUUAGAUUUUAACACAACCAACUCCUUCGACACAAAUCUACAAGGCUCUGCCACCUACCUCUCUUAUCUCAUCCCCUGUACAGCGUCUCUCCUCUUAACCUCCCCAUCUCUUGUCCAAUCUCUCCUAUCUCGAGCGAACGUCAAUCUAAACACAGUUGCUCUUGCAGCUUGCAUCCUUGACAGCCUUACCUCUCGCUUCGCGGCCUCCUGGCGCCACUCACUCCCUCUCACCUCUCUUAGCCUCAAGACUCAGCAUAUCAACUACGUGCGCCCUGAAGUGAUUAUCCUUGGGGCCCUUCUAGUAGCUAGCAAAUUUCUUGACGACUCUACUACACACAUCAGCAGUUACCAGCAUGAUAUCGCUAAUGGGCGCUGGACAUGCGAGCAGAUCAAAGCCACAGAGAGGUGUAUACUAGAGAAUCUGGAGUGGAGAAUUAUGCCGCUGUGGCGGGAGGACCUAAUUGAGGAUGCGAAGGAAGAUAUGAGGAAGGUGGGGAUGGUGGUACAGAGGAGGAGGCAGAGUGCUGCGUAGACACAGGAUACGACGACAACAGAGAGGGAUCAUUGAUGGCGCGAUGCGAACGGCAUAGCGGCAGUAUAUCGGCUUCGGACCUUCCUAGAAAGAGUCUGCAUCGGCGAUGAUCUAAUUACGAAUAAUCAAGCGAGGGGUCGGCGGGAAAAGUGAUCAAAUCUUCUGGUCAUAUUAAGGGCAAAUGGUCAAUCGGUACAUUGUGUAGAAGUCUAAGGAUAUUAUUCAUAUGACAUUUAUCUAACCCCUGUACAAUUGAUUGGCUAUCAAAUAUUGAAAUUCAGGAUUGGCUGCCUUACCCGUCGUCAGCGCCAAGCGCUGAUCGAGUUUACUAGUCUAAUUAUACUUUACUUCGCAGCAAGAAUACCC